GCUUUUUUUUUUUAGAAAAUGGACAGAGAAUGGUGAAUAACGGGAGGCGGUUUUGGACGGAAAAACAGAGAAAAUGCUUCGUUUUUCCGGACGUUUCGCGGCUCUAACGGACGCAGCAGAGACCCGGUCGGGUUCUAGUCGGUAAAACGAACCCUGUGGGCCGAAACGUCCCCGUUCAGCAUGGCCUGGAUGUGGAAGAAGAAGUCGGUGAUAGCGACUGGCCUGAUCGUGGCCGUGUCCCUCUUCGUGGUGGUGGUCAACUACUCCGAGAAGCCGUACUUCCUGCUGCAGCCUGUGCUGGGCCAGAGCUUCAGCAGCCACUGGAUGUUCUCCCGGCAGCCGCAUAAGGCCUUCCGACCCCACCCUGGCUACAUUAGCGUCCCCAAACAGGAGCCUCUGAAGCUGCACUGUGAUGUCUGCAGCGUGGUAUCCAGUUCAGGUCAGAUGCUCGGUCGGCAGGCGGGACGUGAGAUCGAACGCGCGUCCUGCGUGUGGCGGAUGAACAACGCUCCCACUCGCGGCUUCGAGCUGGACGUGGGGCGCCGCACCGACCUGCGGGUGGUCUCGCACACGAGCGUGCCGCUGCUGCUGCAGAAGCCCCAGCACUUCUUCGGCCAGGGCAACGAGACCGUGUACGUGGUGUGGGGUCCGCUGCGCAACAUGAGGGAGGACGGCAAGGGUAUCGUCUAUAACAUGCUGCGACAGGCCGCCGAGAACUACCCCCACGCCCGCAUCUACGUCACCACAGAGGAGCGCAUGAAUUACUGCGACACUGUUUUCAAGAGGGAGACGGGAAAAGACAGGAUUCAGUCAGGGUCGUACCUGAGCACUGGUUGGUUCACGCUUAUCCUGGCCAUGGACAUGUGCAAGGAGAUCCGAGUGUACGGAAUGAUCAACGACACUUACUGCAAAUCCGAAGGCUACAGGAAGGUUCCGUACCACUACUACGAAGCUGGAAGCCGUGACGAGUGUGCCGAAUACCUCCUGCACGAGAGUGCCCCUUACGGUGGCCACCGUUUCAUAACAGAGAAGGCUGUUUUUGCCAAGUGGGCCAAGACCCACCCCAUCAAGUUCUUCUACCCAGAAUGGCAGCUGUCUUGACCAGUGAAGGACGAUGGCUUCUCCAGGAAACCUUGCGCACUGAGGCCUGUCGGGCCAACACACUCCCUGUCUUAAUGCACAAAUCAGUAGCCAUGCACGGGUCAGGACCAUCACCACCAAACCACCUACAUACCGAUGACUGAUCUGCCCUCUGUUUAAAGAGAGAGUCACUCUGGUAACGGAACUGACACCAAGUCACUGGUGGGAUCUUGCAGGACAUCCUUUCCUCAACAGGACAGUCGAGGCAGCCUCGCUACGUACCGUACCAUCGGAAAGCCUCUGUCUUUUAUUCUCCUUUAUCUCUGGCGCUGGACAAGAGACGAUAUCAUUCAAGGGAAGGACACAGUGUUGAAGAAAACAACCCUGACAGAGACAAAGUAUAAUAGGAAGCACUGAUUACCUUUCAUCAGACAGAUAACACCUCACGCAGCAGGCGAAGGUUGUAAGGGGGUACAUUCAUUUAGCUUAGAUGGAUCUGCAUUACUCUUAAGUUUAUCUUGGUUGUGCUGGAGUCCCCUACUUGCAUGAAUCUACCCUUAAGUAGCUUAUGUUGCUACACGCCAGUUUUCGGUGAAGCGAAACAACCAGCAAAAUGAUCCAAAUCCAGACAAAAGCGUGAAGAAUCUCAUGAGAAAUGCUAACCAACUCAGUCCUGCCACUCGUAGCUUUUCUUACAAAGAUCGUUUGCAACUCAGUCCUGCCACUCGUAGCUCUUCUUACAAGGAUCGUUUGUAAUCGGUUCCUGUAUCUUUCCGUCCUGAGCAUGAAUGUGACAGAACUGGCCCUGGUCCCUCUGAACCAAGACAAAAAGUAUUAGCCGUUACGUUUUAGCACUUAUACCAUUAGCGUUGACGUUUUAGCAUUCAUAGCAUUAGUAUUGAAGUGUUCAUAUUAUUAAUUAAUAUUAAGUCAUCAUCUCUGCUGUGAACUGAGAGAACGGAAAGCAAAUGCAGGCGUUUGUAAGCUGACCUCAAGUCUGUUGAAGACGGUAGCGUGAAGCUGUUUUCAUGUGCCACAGUCAGCUAGCAAGAUCGUCAGCGCUCAGAGUGCAAUUGACUUGAAGAAGUUUGCCAUAUGUACUGUAGACGGAAGUCCUUUCUCCGUGAGAGGUUGGUGCAGUGUGCAGUAUACGGACAGCCCCCCCUGAAGUUUCUUUCUUUAUGUUUCCUUGAAGAUUUUGUGCCUGUAUCCAUUAGUAGCCAACGUAGACUCAGUGCAAUGCCCCCAUCCGCCUUUACCCCACAUCCUUAGGCCUUAUCUGCCUAAAAGCAAGACCACUGUGUGCAUAAUCUGUCGGCAUCCCUCCGAAGCCUGCUAGGACGAGGUGCCGUCUUUUGUCAAACGGGCAGGCUAACUGUUCAGCUUCUGUAGCUAAGUGCUGUAGCACCCUGUGAACCAGCAGACAAUGCAGCGCCCCUGAGGGCUCCCACUGCACAGAGACUCCUGCGUUCGGUCUCAAAAGCAGCAUGUGGUUUCAUAGCAGGCACUCAUACGUAGCGUAUUGUUCGGAAUCAACUUGUGAUUGUUACCUUCUACAGCAGCCUUGACUUACAGCGCUAAUCCAUUCUGCAGGCGCGUGGCAUUGUCUCAGCAUCACCGCAGGAAACGGAGCGACCGGCACCGAGACGGUUGCACCGAGGACCGCACUAAUUGAAGCUUUGGACUCGAGCCUGCUAGCUCAAAGUGACAGGCACAACAGUCAGCUCUCAUCCUCCUCUCCUAGAGGACGAAAACACUCGCCUGGCCCGUCGCACUAUUGACACUCUCAGCUAAAGGGUUGCACCAGGACCCUCAUUCAUUGAUCCUGGAUUUCUCUUUCGUUUGGAUGACUACGUGCUAAGAAAAAUCAGCAAGAACGCUCAGCUCUCUUUGUGAAAUCCGCCCCUACCUAUUUUGCGGUCGCACCAAGUCUUUCUGUUUUUUCACACAGUUGAUGCCUUUUCACCGUUCUGUGGCAGCAUUAGUGGUACACAAGCCAAGAGCGCUAGUCUGCGAAUGUUCACUUCAGAUCUCUCAGAUGUUCAGUACUUUUACUGUAAGCCUCCUUCAUUUUCAUGUUGUUUUAAGUGUCUUAAGUGCUUUUUUAAAAGGCUGCAUGUUUAAGUGUACAGUAUUAACACAUCAAGUGUCCUUUUUUCCAGCUCCGGUUCAAUUUUGAGGUCUGUCUGCACACGGUUUCUAGAUCAACUCUUGCGUAAAUGUAUGAAAACAUAUCUGUUUUUUUGCAGGUGAUGGUUUGUAACGAGUGCUUUUACCCCUCCAGUGUUAGUGCAACCUCACAAAGGAUCACGUGUUCAGCAUCCUGUGUUUUGAAAUUUGACGUGUUUCGGAAAUUGCCUUGGCAUCCUGUAAGAAAGUGAAUUUGGGAAUCACUUGCGACAUUUAUGGGUUUUUUUAAUUUUUAUGUGUUUAUGUGCUUUGACAUUUUGUGUUUUUUUUUAAUGCGAACAAAAACAAUGCUUUUCUAUGUGUUUGAAAUGGGCACAAAUGAACAAUCACAGUUAUUCGAGACUUGUGUGUUUCAGUUCAUUUUCAGAAGACUGUGUUCAGCCUGUUCUCCACUCCUUUGUGCUGUAAUGAGCUGCCGUGCUAAUAAACAUGGUCAUAAAUUAACGUUUUAUCACCAUCGAUAUCUUCAGCUGUAUCUUAGUUAGUAAUAUUGUAAACACUGUUAAUGCUGUCACAACCUGCCCUGCACUGAGGCAGCAGCAAGGGAUUUUCCCCUUUCAGCCUCAGGUUUGCCUUUAUGACGUUUUUCUGAUUGUUUUACCGAAAGAAAAAAACAUCCUUUACAUUUUUGCCAUUUUUGACAUUGAAACAGUCAGAAAAAGUCAGAAAAGCAGACUUGAAGCUGUUGAUACAGAAUAUAAAUGUAAUUCAUUAUGCAACUAACAUUGUAUUUUAUGGGGAUGUACUUGAAUUUCUAAUAUAAUAACCAAUAAUUAACACCUCAUUUUAGCCAAUACAGAUGUUAAUAAAGUGUCACUGUAUCUUUGCCAGUAA